AUGGGGCAGGGGAGGGUUGAGGUGAGGAGAAUAGAGAACAAGAUCAAGAGGCAGGUGACCUUCUCCAAGAGGAAGGUCGGGCUGCUGAAGAAGGCCUACGAGCUCUCUGUUCUCUGCGACAUCGAACUCUCCCUCAUCAUCUUCUCCAGCCGCGACAAGCUAUUCGACUUCUCCACUGCCUCCAGAAAAUUGGCUUCAGAAGUGGAGAAACGAUGGACGCUGAAUGAUUUUGAUAUCGGGAAGCGCCUUGGAAGAGGAAAGUUCGGCCAUGUCUACCUGCCCAGGGAAAAGAAGAGUAACCAUAUCGUGGCAGUGAAAGUGCUUUUCAAGAGCCAGCUCAAACAAUCUCAAGUUGAGCAUCAACUGCAACGUGAAGUUGAGAUACAAAGCCACCUCCAGCAUCCAAACAUAUUACGCCUAUAUCGUUAUUUCUAUGAUCAGACUCGAGUUUACUUGAUACUAGAAUAUGCAGCUAAAGGUGAACUCUACGAGGAACUACAGAAGUCCAAAUGCUUCAGUGAGAGGCGAACUGCUACAGUGAGUUCUUUGCAAACACACACUAACGGUUAUCAGUGUAUGAAGCAUGGGAAUGAAAUUUGA